AUGAUCAAAGCUGGGACGAGUACAUGGCAAUCACCUGAUGCGCGACCUAAUGAAGAAGAAGAAGAAGCAAAAGUAGAUGAGUAUACGUGUCGCAGCGUACCAGGCCUAAGAGUGUUGAUGCGUAACGCGACGCGUCAGAACGCUGUCGUCAUUGGCUCGACUAGCGUCUCACGUGCUCACGCGCGUUCUUGGCAGGCACGACCCGUGAACUACCAUUUUGCCUCCCGCUUCCUGAACAUUCAUACACGCAAACGUUGCGGCGAUGUGACACACCAACACUCGAUGUUUCGAAAUCCACGUGAAAACCGAACGCUCCCUUUCACGUCCCACAUUACGCCUUCGACAGGCCGCCCUCCUUCGCCGCCCCGCACAUCCACUACCGCUCCUCCGACGAUGGCUGCUAAAGCGACACCGAGAAAGCCUGCGGCCAGACCGAAAGCUACCUCCUCACAGAAGAAGAAGGAUGAUUCGAAGCAAACGACCCUGGUGCCGACCGAUUGGGGAAAGAGAGCGGCGGCGAACAAUGCACGAGUGAAGCCAAAGGCGACACCGAACGGCAACAUCCUGGCCUUCUUCAAGAAGGCCGAGGAAGAAAACAACAAGAUAUUCUUACCGGACCGCAAGCUUGACCCCAAGAUUCUUUUGAACGACGCCGGUGAGGUCAUUGGAUGGAGCGAUGAAGCCCAGGACAGUGUCAUGAACACAGAUAGCAGCGCGGAACGGUACAAUGAGAACGGCGGAAGCAUCAAGAAGCGUAAGAUGAGUGAAGAAGCUCCAGAGUCAACAUGUUCACUUACGCCGCCGGAAGCGGAUGUGGCGGCAGCGAAGCCUCCACCAGUCAACACGGUGGAGAAACCCAUACAGACGCGUAAGAAGAUUGGUCCUUUUGCGGACGAUUCAGAUUCAGAGGCGGAAGAGGAAGCCCCGUUUACGAAUAGAGGUACGAUUACGCGAGAGGAAACAAACGAUUGCGAUGAAGAUUCUAAACCUUUGGAGGAUCCGGAAUCCGCAAAUAGCCUUUCGCUACCCAUCAAUCACGUACCGCCGCUGCUCAAGACCGAAGAAACUUCGCAGUUUGGCGAAGAAGAUCCCGAGGAUUUUGAAGAUCUAGAAGACGAAGAUCUACUAGAAGGCGAAGAGUUCGACGAGCGGCGAUGGAUGAAGGAGCAACAGAGACUGGAGAUGGCUGAGGCCGGCUACGAGGGCGAUCCAGAUGACUUUGAACCGCCUUCACUGUUCCCAGACGACAGUAUGCUGGAGAAUGAAGACAACGAUGCUGAUGCACCAUCAUGUCCGUUGUGCAGCGCACAGUUGAUUGGCUUGUCGGAACAGGAUGUUUCUCAGCACGUCAAUGCGUGCCUAGAUGGGAAUCCACUUCCGCUACCUAAACCAAAAGGGCCCGCAAAAGAGGCUACCCCAAUAGUGACCAAUGCGAAAGCCUUCAAGCGGCCUGCACGUCCACCAAAACCUGGUCAAGAGAACCCUUUCCAGCUAGGCGAAGCGAGCGGUGCACCCAAGUCAGCGUUUUCCAAGCUGAUGUCUGGUCAUGCUGAAGAUACUGCGUGGGCUAACGCUGCUGAUGCCGAGAAGGCAGCACGGGGCAAACCAUCCUACCAACGGACUUGUCCUUUCUACAAGAUCCUUCCCGGCUUCUACAUUUGCGUAGAUGCAUUCCGCUAUGGCGCCGUUAAGGGGCAAAAUGCAUACUUUCUCAGUCAUUUCCACAGUGACCAUUAUAUCGGACUGACUGCCUCAUGGAGUCACGGCCCAAUAUAUUGCAGUAAGGUAACAGGAAACCUAGUUCGGCAGCAAUUACGCGUGGAUCCAAAAUGGGUGGUAGACCUGGACUUUGAAAAGAAAACCGAAGUGCCUGGGACUGCAGGCGUUCAUGUCACGAUGAUAUCAGCAAACCAUUGCCCUGGAAGCUCGUUGUUCCUUUUUGAGAAGGAAAUUGGAAAUGGAAAAGGCACACGAUUACAGCGUGUGCUGCAUUGCGGCGACUUCAGAGCCUGCGAGGCCCACCUGGACCAUCCACUGCUGAAGCCUGAUGUGCUCGACGCUGUAAGUGGGAAGAACAAGCAGCAGAAGCUCGACGUGUGUUAUCUCGACACUACCUACCUCAACGCGAAGUACGCUUUCCCACCACAACAGCAAGUCAUCCAAGCAUGUGCAGAUAUGUGCGUAAGCCUCAGCAAAGAGAAGGUCGACGAAAGCGACGCCUUCGAAAAGAUGAAGAAAGAGCGCGCCGGUGAAGGUAUGGUCAAGUUCAUACAGAAGGCUAGUGAGGUCGGAGCCGGCAUCGACGGCGUCGAAGCGGCUUCAACGAGUCCUACGAGGAUCGGAGGAAACAAGCCACGAGGCAAACUUCUCGUUGUAGUGGGGACCUACAGCAUCGGCAAAGAGCGUAUUUGCAUUGGCAUCGCCAACGCGCUCGGCAGCAAGAUCUACGCCCCAGCCAACAAGCAACGAAUUUGCCGCGCGCUCGAAGACCCUGAGCUCGACGCUUUGCUCACGUCCAACCCACGCGAAGCGCAAGUCCACAUGACCCCACUCUUCGAAAUCCGCGCGGAAACCCUCGACGACUAUCUCCGCGAUUUCAGCGACUGCUUCUGCCGCGCCGUCGGCUUCCGGCCGUCGGGCUGGAACUACCGCCCACCCACGAGCCGCUUCACAGAGUCCCCCUCCGUGCAAACUGUUCUCUAUUCGCAGAACUGGAAAAGCCCGUUUUCGAUGCGAGACCUGACCCAGCAACGCGGCAGCACGAAUCGCGCGAAGUGCUUUGGCGUGCCGUACAGCGAGCACAGCAGUUUCAGGGAACUGACCAUGUUCUGUUGCGCGCUGAGGAUCGACAAGAUCAUUCCCACGGUGAACGUGGGGAGCGCGAAGAGCAGGGAAAAGAUGAAGGGGUGGUGCGAGAAGUGGGCUGCUGAAAGGAAGAAGAAUGGGCUGUUCACGCUGGGAGAGGGUCGCGGUUCAUGGUAGCAGUCCGACCAUGAUUCAACGAAAUAUCAAUGUGCCAACUACGUUAUCUUAUCAAUGAGAAGUGCACCGAUAAAGAACACAGCUAUUCGAGUCUCAGUUCUGUCUGAACUCUGAUCCAAGGAUGUUCCUACUCCUCCCAUGCCGACCUCGAGUGCGUUACGCAACUACGAUUGAGGGACAUCCCAAUGAGCCUAAUGCAAGGUAUAAUCAUUGCCACCUGACACCAUCCCGCCCUGCGUUGUAGCCUCCACAUGUUCCCGUUACAGUCGACCUAGUGAUAAGCGACCUAACCAGAAAAAAGGCAUCG